CUCAACACCAAAUAUGGACUACACCAAGUUUAUGAGCGAAAGAAGCCAGGCCAGAAACCCUUCUGCCAUUCGUGCUCUUAUGCCUUACAUGAACUGCAAAAAUAUGAUCUCUUUGGGUGCUGGACAACCCAAUCCUAGCACAUUCCCUUUCGAGAGCAUGCAAUUGAAGCUCAAGACAGGCGAGAUUAUCGAUGUGGAUCCUCAGUUAUUCCAGCGAAGUUUGUCUUAUGACCUCACUUCUGGAUUAUCUCCUCUGAACGAGUGGUUACGGGGACUUCAUACUCUUGAGCAUACCCCUCUUGUUGACUUUGGUCUCUCCAUUGGUUCCGGAUCUCAAGAUCUUCUGACAAAGGCAUUUGAUAUGGUUAUUGACCCAGGAACAGCCAUCCUCGUGGAAGAUCCCACUUACACCGGUGCUCUCUCUUUUUUGGACACUCUAGAUUGUGACCUAGUUCCAGUUGCAACAGAUGCGGAUGGUCUUGUCCCAGCUUCACUCGAAAAGACUCUUGCCAACUGGCCCGAAAGUAACCCUAUAAAAAAGAAGAACCAGGCUCGCCCCAAGGUUCUCUACACAAUUCCUACAGGUGGUAACCCUACUGGUAUCUCUUCUACCUUUGAGCGUAAAAAGGCUAUCUACAAGAUCUGUCAAAAGUACGACAUUCUGAUCAUUGAAGAUGAUCCAUACUACUACUUGCAGUUUGAUCCCAAGCGCAUCAAGUCUUAUGUAACCAUAGACACAGAUGGUCGUGUACUCCGUAUGGACAGUAUGAGCAAGAUCCUUUCGUCUGGUAUGCGUAUUGGCUGGGUGACUGGUCCCAAAGCCUUGAUUGAACGAAUUGAUAUGCAUACCAUGGUUACUAACCUUCAGCCAGGAGGUGUUCCCCAGCUUAUGGCAUACGAACUUUUGAAGGUGUGGGGCUACAAGGGUUUCCUCAAUCAUGUUGAACAUGUUGCUGGAUUCUACAAGUCAAAGAGAGAUGAGUUUAUCAAGGCCCUUGAAAAGAGAAUGACAGGACGUGCUGAAUGGGUCACUCCCAAUUCUGGAAUGUUUGUCUGGCUCCGUCUGUUGGGAGGAAUCACUGAUUCAUACGACUUGGUUAUGAACAAGGCUAUCAAGAAGAAUGUCCUUGCUGUUCCUGGUGUUGCCUUUAUGCCAGCCAAGAACAAGAACCCAUAUAUCCGCGUGUCUUUUAGUUGCGUUACUACUGACAAUAUGGAUGAAGCUCUGCGACGCCUUGCUGAAUGUAUUGACGAAGAAGCUGCUAAGAACCAUAUUCAGCUCAAAGUCAAAUAGGUUAUUUUCCUUGUAUCCAUUCCCCUUCCUCUCCUAACCAUGUGUAUAUUCUUUGAACCCACCGUAUAUUUCUUUUUUUUUUAAAAAAAAAAGGGUUUUGAGAUUUUUAGCCAAGCUUUAUCUUAUUUCUCUAUAUAUAAUUCAUAUCAAUCAUCCGUAUACAAGAAAUUUGUACCUUUUUUUUUCUACACACUAUCUUGUAUCUGCUUAUUAUAUUAAUAAAUACAACACACACAUAUAUAUUACCAUUAUU